AUGUCGCACAUUGACGACGAUGACGAGUUCUUAUACGGCUCCUCGGAACCCACUACCAACGCCCCCGCUCCCGCAGUAGCUGGCCAGGACAGCGAUGCAUUUGAUCUCUACGGCGGCGAAGGCGGAUCCAAAUCGACAGAGGUCAGGGUCAUGCCAGGAACAACAGGCGCUACUCAAGAUGCCUCAGAUGCCGCGGCCAAGAAUGGUGGAGCCGACGACGAUGAGGCCAAUGGUGACGGUGAUGACGAUGAGGAGGAGGAAGGGUCAGAUGAGGAUGAGGAUGAUGAAGACGAGGAUAGCGAAUCUGAUAUCGAGAUUGUUAUGGAUAACGAGGAUAGUAGAGAUGCCGCUGGACCCUCAAAACAGACAGUUGUGAACAUCAAGGCGACAACACCCGCCAAACCAGGAACGACGACAGUGACAAAGGCAGACGGUACAGUCGAUGUAAUCCCAGCAACAAAACCCGGCGGUGUCGACAUCAAUGCGGUCGGAGCAAUAGACGGUGUCGAACUGUUUGAUGUGGAUCUGGAUGGUGCCGAGGACAAGCCAUGGCGCAAACCUGGAGCUGAUUUGACGGAUUACUUCAAUUAUGGAUUCAACGAGAAUAUCUGGAGGGCUUAUUGUCAUAAGCAAAAGAUGAUGCGCGAUAACCCCUUUGCUGGCGGCAAGGGCUUUGAUAUCGACCCAAGUUUGCUGAUGGAUCUGCCUCCAGAGCUGAGAAUGGGCGUGCCAGGAAUGCCAGGAAUGCCGGGAAUGCCAGGAAUGCCAGGAAUGAUGCCCGGUAUGCCCGGUAUGCCCGGUAUGAUGCCAGGGAUGCCACCAGGGAUGAUGGGCGGUAUGCCUGGUAUGCCAAACAUGAUGGGACGCCCAGGAAUGCCGAUGGGUAUGAACAUGGGGGGUAUGCCCAACAUGAUGAACCAAAUGAACCAGCAGCGUGGAGGUCCUCCUGGUGGCAGCGGUGCCGGUCGUGGUAACCGUUUCGCUCUGCCUAACAAUCCUCAAGGUGGCCCUGGAGGUCCUGGAGGUCCUGGAGGUCCUGGCGGUCCUGGCGGUCCUGGUGGUGCUGGACGAGGCGAUUUCGAUGGACAGAAUGAUAGGAGCCCGAACCUUCAGCGGAAUGGAAGCACUGGCCCCAACGGUGGGGAUGACGAUGAUUCUUUCCAGGGCGGAGAUUUCCAGCAGGGUGGUCGACCACCUCAUUUUGGAGGAGAUGGUGGAUUCAACCGGCCUGGACCUGGCGGGUUUGGGGGCGGAGCUGGACGUGGAGGUAACGCUCCUGGUAUGCGUGGAGGCAUGAUGGGAGGCGGCGCGGCUGGAGGUGCUGGUCGCGGCCGUGGUGGUCCUCCGUCUGAUAACUUCCGUGCAGGUGCUCAAAUACCUCGUGGACCGGCUGCAGGAGCGAGCGGAGGCAAUUUCAACAACAACCAAUGGGAUGGCGCCAACAACAACAAUAGCUUUGGAUCAGGUCAAGGAGCAGGAGGUCAGGGCGGUAAUACCGGUGGGCCUGGCUUCCCUGGAGGACGUGCGCCACCCAACCAAGGUAUGAACUUUCAGCAAGGAGGAGGAUCUUUUGGGCGUCAGGGGUCGCCUAUGGUGAAGCAUGAGCGUGAUGAGGCAGACGGUAGCCCUCGAGGAGGUAGCAUUGACCGUGACCAGCGUGAGUCGAGAGACGGCGGUGGAGGUAGCAGCCGUGGGGAGACCAGGGACCGUGAGAGCAGCCGCGAUUACCACCGCGACAAUCGGUCCAGUGGUGGUGAUCGAGGAGAUCGCGAGAAGGGUGACCGCGACCGCGAGCGUGAACGUGACCGUGAUCGUGAUGGCAGCCGUGUGUCUAGCCGGGAAGGACGUGGAAGUAGUCGGGAGAGAGAGAGGAGUUCACGAACUGACAGAGACAGGGACCGUGGUGGCGAGUCGAGGGAUCGCGAUAGAAGUGACCGCGAUCAUCACCGGUCCUCGGAUCGUGACAGGUCAGAUCGGCAUGAUGACCGUCGUGGCGGAAGCGGAAGUGGAAGUGGCAGUGGUGGAAAGGACAAGUCGCAGUCUGAUAAGGAUAAGGUACCUUUCUCCACCUAA